CAUGGCUGCCAUCAGGAGCGGGGUGACACCCGGUUGCCUCGCAAGAUGUUUCCUGAGACAUUCUGGAAAAUUGAGCCGAUGCAGCCGUCCACUUACAGACGUCGGGAUCCACCGGUCGCUCCAGAAGUCCCAGCUGCACACGGCUCUCGAGUAUCGCGGUCCUGCCGCCGGGACUCUGCUGGGCCGCGGGCAGCAAGGGAAGUUCCUGUGGGUGAGCGCCGUGGCCGUCAGGCACAACAGCUCCCAGAUCCCACCUGAAGAUGGCACCGGGGCAGCUUCAGUCCUGGACUCCUCCCCCCUCUCGCUGCCCGCCGACCCCGCCAUUGCACAGCUCAUCACCGAACAGAGCGCAGCUGAAACCGUUUCCAUGGCAGCACCAUUAGUGGACCUCUCUCCUCCGGUCUUGAGUUCCUCCCUGGAGCUUCUGUCCGCGGACCCCGUCGCUGUCGUCGAGCAGGCGCUCGACGCUGCGCCGACUGCAGUGGAGGUCCUGCAGGCGGCGGCUACCGAAAUCAGUUUAACGGAGCUGGGAUUGGCCGCCCACACGCCGGUGGGGCUGGUGCAGCACCUGUUAGAGUUCAUGCACGUGGACCUUGGUUUGCCCUGGUGGGGGGCCAUUGUUGUAGGGACGGUGUUGGCUCGUAUGGCUGUGUUUCCGGUCAUAGUGAAGGGCCAGAGGGAGGCGGCCAAGCUGAACAACGUGAUGCCCGAGAUGACCAAGCUCACUUCCAGGAUGAACGAUGCCAAACAGAGUGGAAACAAAUUUGAUUUUGCCAAAGCCUACUCUGAACUGAACUUGUUCCAGAAGAAGCAUGACGUGAAUCCUCUCCGCGGCUUCCUCAUUCCGGUGGUGCAGGCACCAGUCUUCAUCUCUUUCUUCAUCGCGCUGAGGAAGAUGGCGUAUCUGCCGGUGCCCAGCAUGCAGACCGGAGGCCUGUUCUGGUUCACUGACCUGACGGCGGCAGAUCCGUUUUAUGUCCUGCCGCUGGUCGUCACUGGAACCAUGUUCUUCAUCCUGGAGUUGGGGGCAGAGUCCGGUGUCGACAACCCCAACCUGAAAGCCAUGAAGACCGUGUUCAGGAUCAUGCCCUUCGUCAUCCUCCCCCUCACGAUCAACUUCCCCACGGCGGUGUUUACCUACUGGCUGACGUCCAACUGCUUCUCCUUGGGUCAAGUCGCUCUGCUCAGACACCCCUAUGUCAGAAACAGGUUGAAGAUCCCCGAGAGGAUCAAACACCCGGCCUCCGCCCUGCCCGAGACCGACGGCUUGUUCAAAAGCAUGAAGAAAGGCUGGAAAAACGUUCAGCUGGCUCAUCAGCUGGAAGAGAGGGAAAGAAGAAUCAAAAAUCACCUGGACCUCGCUAGUAAAGGGCCACUGAGGCAGACUUUUACCCACAAUCCCCUGCAACAGAACUCGCCCGUUGCUGCAUCACCCAAAAACAAGCAGGCUAGUGGCAAGGCGAGGCCAUGGAAGGACACUAUUGGAUGAAUCGGACUGAUAGCGCGACAAUAAGGAUUAAUGUAAAUAUUUAUGGAUUGGAGGACAGGAUGCAGGUCUUUAUGUAUUCUAAUUAAAAUGUAAAGUCUUCAUCAAAACUAC